AUGUUUGCCAUGCGUGGAUGCCUUUUCGCUUGUUUUCUGCUCACAGUCUUCGCAAUCCGUGACGAGGUUGGCAAGGACGUUGAAUCGUCCAGUGGCAAGCCAGGUGCACCGAAGAUGGAUGUUCUCAGCAAGACGAAGCACUUUGAGGACAAGGACAUGAACUGGUUGAAGAAUACGCUUGUCGCUUCUUGGGAUAAGGAUCCCUCAAGCAUGGCCAAGAAGAUCCAAAAGGCCUGCAUGGAAGCCUGGACCUCUGGACCCAGCUCGACGCCCUAUCAGGUCUUCGUGAGUGAGUGCGGCGCUGGGGGCUUCGCGGGCGGAAACGAGGACGUUCUCGUGGUGCGGUUCCUUCCAAAUCAUCGGCAGAUGCUGGCCAGGGCGAUCUUCAUCAUCGCCCCUUGA